AUGUCCUGUUGGAACAACGUUGUGUCUGUUGAGGCUGCCUGGGUGCGGCACUCCGGGGAUCUCUGCUGCUGCCGCCUGCAGGCUCCUGCCUCGGCCGGGUCGGAGGAAGAUCCGGACUUGGAAAAUGAGGAGUUGGUGGUGAGAGAGCCGGAGGAUGAUGAUGGUGAGUGCCGAGCACGCCAGCGCUCUGAGGAGGAUGAUGAUGCUGCAGAUGAGGCGUUCUCUUUCAAGUACAGUCCUGGGAAGCUGAGGGGAGACCAGUACAAGUCAAUGAUGACCAAAGAAGAACUUGAGGAAGAACAGAGGAUUGAGCUGACCUCUGACCUCACAUCUCUGUAG